AUGCACACCCCACUGGCCAUUACACCCCCUGCGGAAUCGAAGUUUUUUGCUCUGCUCCUGCCUCUUGCCGCAGUGACCGUUGGAGCUCUUUCUUUCGCACGAAUCUGCCGCCGAUGCAUUGUCCGUGUGUACCCUAGCUGUGUCACAAUUGUAUAUGAGACACGCCGAAAGACCAUUUUGACAACUUCAAUGGACAAGGAGCGGGGGGCAAACGACGAUAUGACGCAUUUCUGUCAUUUUCGUCCUCUUAUGUGCAUGAUUAGGUAUUUCUUGUACAGCAGCAAAAGUCUGGUGGUUCUCCCUCCCACCUCCUUCUUUGGCGUCUUCACGUUACCACGUGCCGUGCUUGAAGAGUGUGGUGAGGGAAGAGCUGUGGACUGCACGGUGGAAGCCAUCCAGGUGACGGAUGGAUAUGUCCGUAUGGUGCUGACGAUACGGUACUGCAUUCCUUUUCAGCAACUCGAGCGGUAUUUGGCGGCUGUGGGGCCAAUGCCGCCAAAUGAGCGAAUUGCCAUGGCCGCAGCUGCUGCCGCCAAGGCUCGUGCCGCCGAACUCUCCGUCGGUUUGAUUAUCAAUAAGUCGAGGCGAGAAGAUUCAUUUUUAGUUUCAUUUCGUGAGCAUUUGGCAUCUAAAUUAAUAUCAGAGGCCUGUGUAAAGCUGAUAGAUGCCACCGUUGAGAGUGCUGAAAUUUGUGACAAGCGGACAAAUGUUUAG